UGGAAGAAAACACCCAUGUAUUUUAACUGGUCCUCAAAUGGAGAUAUCCCGCCCUGCCCUGGUUGCGCUGGUGGGUGUUUCCUGCUCGCAGACUGGGGCUGGAAAAUCUCUGGGCAAACCCGGGGACUCCAGACUCUUUACUGUGCGCCCAGGGGAGGGCAGCUUUGCUACUAUAUUCACAGCCGGCCUGCACCAGUCACUAUAGAACGCACAGCGCUGGCAUUUACCAGGCGGGAUGUAAGGUCUGACUACAGCCAUCUGUCCUCCACCAGCAGUGAGCUUUCUGUGGAGGAGGCACAGGACCCUUUCCUGGUGAGCAUCCACAUCAUCGCAGACCCAGGGGAGUCGCAGCCACUGCAGGAGGCCAUCGACAAGGUUUUGGCAUGGGUUCACCCUGAUCUCCCACUGUUUCGAGUGUCUGAGCGGCGCACCAUCAGGCGAAGGCGGAAGUCUCCCAAGGGUGCACAGCCGGCACUGGCAGUGGUGCUGUUCCUGCAGGAGGAGUACGGAGAGGAACAGAUCCUACAGGUGCACAGGGUGCUGCAGCGGCCGCCCUGGCGCCACCACCACACGGAGCGAGUGCAUGGCCGCUUUAUACCGUACCUGCCUUGCAGUCAGGACUUCUUCACUUUGGCUUCCGGGACCCCGUUGUGGGCAAUCAGGCCGGUGCACUACGGCAAGGAAAUCGUACGCUUCACCAUCUACUGUCGCCAUAACAGCUACGCUGACAGCCUCCGCUUCUACGAGCUGAUCUUGCGCCGGAGCCCCAGCCAGCGGAAAGCAGACUUCUGCAUCUUCCCCAUCUUCUCCAAUCUGGAUGUGGACAUCCAGUUCUCCCUGAAAAGACUACCCUGCGACCAGAAGCCAGUGCCCACCGACUCCUCCGUGCUGGAGUUCCGAGUGAAGGACAUCGGGCAACUGGUACCCCUCCUUCCCAACCCCUGCAGCCCCAUCAGCGAGGGGCGCUGGCAGACUGAGGACCACGAUGGCAACAAGAUCCUUCUGCAGGCACAGAGGGCUCACAAAAAGGUCCCCAAGUGCAGCAGAACGCAUCACUCCUCUGAGAAGAAACCUCACUCCACUCCUCCUGCAGCUGUCGACACACCAAACACAGGACAGGGCAGCAGCCAGACAGCCCAACAUGACAGCCCAUCCAACCAGAUGGCCUUGCUCCCUGGGGACAAGCAGGAGUUUAACCCACAGUCAAGCACCUCCAGCCCUGCCUGGUCUUUCCAGAGAAGCAAGUCUUUGUUUUGUUUGCCCAGUGGAGGCCCCUCCCCAACCGAACCACAGCCACUACCAACUGGCUCCCAGAGACACAGUGCAUCAGAGUGGAAGCCCAGCCGCCUCACGUCCAUUGAUGACUUAGAGGGGGCCCAAGAGACAGAUGUGGACACAGGCCUGCGGCUGUCCUCCUCAGACCUGUCUGUAGUCUCUGCAUAUUCUGCCCCCAGUAGGUUUUGCAACACAGUUGAGGCAUCCCUCUCCUCUGAGAGAUGUAGCAGCCACUGGCCAGCACACAAGAAUCCCAAGAAAGGACCACUGCCUACUCCCAGUGAGGUGAGCCCGGGUACCACCUGUGUUUCCCUCCCUCUCUACUCCAAAGGGUCUCCCAGCCCUGCAGAGACAACUACUCCUGGUCUCUCAGCUUCUGGUGCCUCCUUGCUCACAGAGUCAUCCACACCCCUGCCAUGUCAUGACCCCAAAGCUGCACAGGGCAUCCAAGAGAUGCUCCUGCCUCCAACAACAGUUAGUCCCGAGGCUGAUGACAUGGAGGAAUUCUACAUCUGAGUGCAUCUUGGCUUUCAGACAGACUUAGUCACAGAAACCCCGGCACUACUGUGCCCGACUCUUUGUUCACAGGGUGCUCUCGGUCCCAUGUGCCAGCUGACUAGAACUUAAUUAUCUGUCUUGGGAGACUGUUAGCAUUUUGAUCAUGCUACCUACCUUCAUCUGACAGGUGCCAUAUUUCUAGAGGUUCAGAAAAGAAAGAAAAGAAAAGAAACAAACACCUGACACUUUUAUGGAAAUAAAUUUUCAACACACUUAAAUCACAAAAUCUAUUUUUGAAUGCUCAGUUAUACAAUAUAAUGCUUCACAUAAUUAUUUGAAAUGAAAAAGAAAACAUAGCCAGGGCUAAUUUGACAAUUGUUCAUACUCCGAAAGUAAAAUAACUAAGGUCAAAAUGUCAAACGGGGAAAGGACACCCCGUGACUGGUCCCGCAUCAGUGUACAGUACAGAAUGCAUGCCUUCCUGGUGCACAGUCACACAGGGACCCAGGACCCUAGAAUCCAGAAGUGCUGCUUCCAGUGGAUGCUUCAUAGAACACCCAGCAACCUACAGCAGACAGCGGAACACCUUGCUUUGAAACCAUUCAGCACCCGAAAAUCUGGGCCUACACACAACUGGCUAAAAAGCCUUAUGAAGACUUAGCAUGAGUAACCAAUGCCUUGCACACUUACAAAAUACUCUGAGUAUGAAAGCUAGUUUUGCACACUCCUCCUCAGCAGACUCAUGUUGGUAAGCAAGCCUGCAGACCGUCCCCUCAGGACUUGUUGCCUGUAGUUACAAGUAACAGGUUAUGAGGUAUGCUAGAGAAGCAGGCAUGAGAAUCUCUGACUUUAGAAAGCACACAUUUUAAAAGGGCAACAUACAUCUCUCCAUAAGCGACCAGAGCCACCUUUUGUAUUUUGUAGCACUGUCCACAGUAAACAGUUAAAAUGUUGGGAACACUUUUGGCUGUCCUUUCGAUUGUCCACGUGAGCCAGUGUCCCAUGCCCCAAAGUAAGAAAGGCAGGGCUGGCCUCCAGCGAGUGCACAGGAGCCUUAGGGAGAGAGGCCAUACCAGCUUUCCCUGUCUGUUGUCUGUUGCUAUCACCAUGUGAGUGGUGACCAGACCUCCCAGUAAGGCCAUGUUUACAACCCCACCUCACCAAAUGCCAACAUCUGGCAUUGGGAGCAAUGCCAGAUUAUCCACAGAUUCUGUUUAUCCUUGGGAAAGGAAAGCACAGGUCUGUCAUGUUCCCUGCCCAGCGUGGUGCUUCUUGCUUCCUCUCUGGAAGGGCCCACACCAGCUCAGAUGCAACCUCAGAGCCUUUCCAGCAGGAACUUCAAGCUCUCUUACCCAUCACCAUCCAUCAGCCUCAGGUCCACAAUCCUCACAAGGAAAGCCUGGGGCUCUGACUUGCCUCAAACACUUUGGACUCCCCAGGACUCUGAGGUCUGCUCAGUGUAAAUAAAUAAAAACAUGGUCUGUUCUGAUUCUGUAUCAGGAUCAAGCCAGCUUCUGAAAAGGGCUAAAUGAUAAAUAUUUUAAAGUUUGUCACAUCAUGUUUUAAACUUUAUCCAAAUGUGUUGCUAUUGCUUCCAUUGCAGCAUGAAAAAUAAAAGAUACGUGAAUGGAA